AUGCAGGGCGGGGGAAACGUCCCCACCGCUGACAACGUUGAGUACGCAAUUUCGCGUGUGGACGAUCUCGUCAACUGGGCGCGCAAAGGUUCGCUCUGGCCCAUGACGUUUGGACUCGCCUGCUGCGCCGUGGAAAUGAUGCACGCCGCCGCCUCGCGAUACGACAUGGAGCGGUUCGGGAUGGUCUUUCGGGCCUCGCCGCGCCAGUCCGAUGUCAUGAUUGUGGCCGGAACAUUGACCAACAAAAUGGCCCCGGCCCUGCGCAAAGUAUACGACCAAAUGCCGGAACCGCGCUGGGUUGUCUCCAUGGGGAGUUGCGCCAAUGGCGGAGGCUACUACCAUUACAGUUACUCCGUAGUGCGAGGCUGUGAUCGUAUCGUCCCCGUUGACAUUUACGUCCCGGGAUGCCCUCCCACCGCCGAAGCCCUUCUUUACGGACUCAUUCAGCUGCAGAAGAAGGUCAAGGGCAACAAGGGUCUCCUACUGCGUUUGCGCAAAUAG